UGCAAAAUGGCGCUGUUCAUGUCAGUCGUAUCUUUUGCAUGUUCACUUUUAUUAACGCCGUUUCUUAUGUUUUUACUUGCAAUAAUAUUUCUUGCAUCAAUUGGAAAGUCACUAGGAAUUAGAAAAUUAUAUAUUAAAAUUCUUCUAGCAUUAUUUGAGUUUGGCAGACAAAAUAUUGAAAAUGUUAGACGUGAAAAAGCAUAUUUAGAAACAAAUUGUGAAAGUGAAGAUGAAGGAGGUGGGCUAUCACCAACAAGUGAUUAUCCAAAAUCUGAUUUAUUAAAAAAACAAAUGUUACAACAAAAUGGAACAGCGAGAAAUGUUGUUAUUGCAAGAAGCAAAGAUCUUAUUCUAAGCCCAGAUCCAUCAUCAAAAGAAAAUGGUAAUUGCAAAAAUGUUGAUAAAACUGAUAGCAUUACAAAAGACGAAGAGCAUACACUACAUCCUCAAAAAUCAUUUGAGACAUUACAAACAGUAUUUGAUCCUGCUUUUUGUCUGGACUACAUUAAAGCUGGUGUCGAGGCAAUUAUUGAAGAUGAAGUUACAUCAAGAUUUGAAGCUGAAGAGCUUAAAAAUUGGAAUUUACUUACUCGGACAAAUAGACAAUAUGAAUUUAUAUCCUGGAAAUUGACUGUCAUAUGGAUGUGUGGAUUUUUCAUGCGUUAUUGCUUUCUCCUUCCAUUGAGAAUACUCAUUUGCUUCGUUGGAGUAAUGUAUCUUAUGACAGCAACAUUUGUGAUUGGUUUUUUACCACGUGGAAGAUUUAGAGCAUUGGUAUACGAUCAUGCAUAUCGUACAUCAUUUCGUAUAAUGGCAAGAUCAUUGUCAAGUAUUAUUACAAUACAUAAUCCACAAUAUAAACCAAAACCUGGUGGUUUAUGUACAGCUAAUCAUACAACAACAUUUGAUGUUUGCAUCCUUUCUACAGAAACAACUUUCUCGUUGGUGAUGUGGUUGACAGUAUGUACAGCAGUUGUUGGCUAUGUACCAGAAAGUAAUUUCAAACGUUGGCUUAACUACAAAGUAUCUAUAAUGUGUUUUGCUGUAUUAUCCAGUGCCUUGUCAUCAGUUAUCACUUAUCACAAUUCUGAUAAUCGACCAGUCAGAGGCAUUUGCGUCGCUAAUCAUACAUCACCCAUUGAUGUUUUAGUACUCAUGUGUGAUAAUUGCUAUUCAUUGAUUGGACAAAGACAUGGUGGAUUUUUGGGAAUUUUACAAAGAGCACUUGCUCGUGCAUCACCACAUAUUUGGUUUGAAAGAUCAGAAGUUAAAGACAGAGAAGCUGUUACUAGAAGACUGAAGAAACACGUUUCAGAUCCAACGAAUCCACCGAUAUUAAUAUUUCCCGAGGGUACAUGUAUAAAUAAUACAUCAGUAAUGCAAUUUAAAAAAGGCAGCUUUGAAGUUGGUGGUGUAAUUUAUCCUGUAGCAAUUAAGUAUGAUCCAAGAUUUGGAGAUGCAUUUUGGAACAGUAGUAGAUAUUCAAUGAUUCAUUAUCUCUACAUGAUGAUGUCAAGUUGGGCAAUUGUUUGUGAUGUUUGGUAUCUUCCACCAAUGUACAGAGAAGAAGGUGAAAGUUCUAUUGAUUUUGCCAAUCGUGUUAAAUCAGUUAUUGCAAGACAAGGAGGACUCGUUGAUCUUCAAUGGGAUGGUCAAUUAAAAAGAAUGAAACCCAAAAAAGAAUGGAGAGAAAAACAACAAGAAGAAUUUAGUAAACGACUCAAGAUUGAGUAACAAUAUUCACUGCCUCUAGUCACCAACUUUACAAUAAUCAUAAAUAAUAAUUUAAAAAAGAUAAAAACUGAAAUAACAACAACAACAAGUAACCGAGAUGUAAUUGAUAAUUAAACAAGGGCGUGCAUUGAAUCGUUGUGUUGUGAAUGGUCUAUCGUAAAUUACUAGGUUCAAUUAUAUAACUGAUAAACGAAAAAAAUAAUAUAUUUUAUAUGCAUGCCUGAAUGUUACAUGAUUUUUGAUCAAAUACUAGAUGAUGAUUUUUUUCUUUUGGAUGUUUGUAAAGCUUCCAAAAAAUAUUUACUUAUUUUACUUGCUCUUUGAAUAGAAUAAUUGUUUUUUUUUUUUUUUUUGUUUAUUAUGAACAUGUAAGCUUGAGAGUAUAGUUGUGUUGAAAUUUAAAAAAAAAAAAAUGAAAAAUCCUCUAUGAGAGGACAAUAUAUUGUGCUCCUCUUGAAAUCUUGGGGUUUUAAUUUUGUCUGUUAAUCUCGAGCCAAAAAUUAUCUAAGUAUAUUUUGCUACUUUUAUAUUUUAAAUAAUUAAAAGAACAAAAAAAAAAAAAAAAUCCAAACGG